AUGAGGAAGUAUCGGCUAUACAAACGGGACACUUCCAGACCGAUAAAACCAGAGAAUUUAAAAUACCUGCAACACAAGGCCAAGGGCAUACAAGGAAAGUUCAAGAACAGAAGCCCAACUGAGGGCAUCCUCCUGGUCCUUCCUGCGAGUUUGCUGACGUACUUGGGAAAACCGCCCCUGACUCAGCUUCUGGCUGCCCUGGUCGCCUGCUCCUGCGACACUCCAAGGCCCAGCCGCCGCAUUCGCGCUCUCGCCUCGGCCCGCACCUCCAGCCAUGACGACCGCAGCCGCCCCCGUUUGUCAGCGAAAACUACCACCCCGAAUGCGAGGCCCGCCAUCAACUACCAGAUCUCCCUGGAGCUCUAUGCCUCUCACAAGUUCGAGACCAUGGCCUCUUACUUCAACUGCGAAGACGUGGCCUGGAAGCCCUUCGCCCAGUUCUUCCUGCAGCAGUCCAGCCUGGAGCUGCAGCAUGCCCAGAGCCUGAUGUGGCUGCAGAACCAGCGCGGGGGCCGCCUCAGCCUGCAGGAUAUCUACAGUCCUGACCCCAGCUGCUGGGAGAACGUCUUAACCGUCAUGGAGUGCGCCUUCCACCUGAAGAUGAGCGUGAACCAGAGCCUAUUCGAUCUGCAGCACCUGGCCACCGAGAUGAAGGACGCCCACCUGUGCGACUUCCUCAAGAGUCACUACCUGUUAGAGCAAAUGCAGUUCAUCCAAGAGCUAGAGGACCACAUCACCAACCUGCGCAAGAUGGGAGCCCUGGAAACCGGCCUGGCAGAGGACCUGUGUGCUAAGCUCGCUGUGCGUGACAGCGACAAGAACUGA